AUGCUACGAACUGUCAAACAAAUUAAAAAAGCAAUAGAUAAGGAAAACAAAAAAAAUAAGCGAGUCGAUGGUGUAGGGAAAGUAAAAAUCGGAAAACCUAAUGGGCAGUCAUUAACUUUUGGGGAAUUUUUAACCGCUUUAAAAAAUAAGAAUGUAGGCACUAAUAAAAUUUUUAGAAAAAGUUUCAUGGUAUACAAACCGGGGGAUCUGCUAGAAGAGUUUGAACCACAACCGGAAGUAUACCAGAAAUAUUACGACAAAGAACUUACUAAAUCCGUAGUAAGUUUUCCUUCUCUGAGUAAAAAUUUAUUAGUCGUUCCUAAGCCGACGGAAGUUGCAGAGCAAAUGCUUGCUAAGUUAGCGGCAAAUCCGAAAGUUCCUUAUUAUUUAUCCACCAGCGGUUUACAAGUGAUAGCGGCAGAUAACGAAUUAUUUUUUGAUAAUACUGACCCUAGUCCAGAGGUUAAGGAAAAAGUGGAAAGAUUAUCCCAAAUGGGCAAGAAAACAGAUAAGGUAGUAGAAAGAAUUAAAAAACGGAUAGAAAAUGAAGAGGAUAGUAGUCGCCCCACUUUUUGGGGAACUCCUUUAGAAGGAAUGACUUAUGAAAAAGUUAAUGCCUGUUUUAAAAGGAAUCAAAAAAUAAGUGAAGAUAAGUUUAAUGUAGUAGCCAAAAAUCCGUUAAGUGUUUUACUUUACCACCCUGAGAAAAAUUUAGAACUAGCCCGAGAACAUUUAGACUUAAACCAUGAAAGAUUAUUAGAUAAAUUAGAUAACUUAAAAAGAAAAGACAUGGAUGAAGGAGCGGUAUUAGAACCCGAAAAAAAAAUAAAUUUUGCUGAUUAUUCUUCCGCUCUUAUUAAAGACACUUUCAAUACGAUUAGAUAUACCAAUUGGGAGCAAGUAAAAAAAUAUGCUGAACUUGAACUUUUAAAAAAAGAUAUAAAAUUAGAAGAGUUUACGAAAAUUUUUUCUGAAAAUCAAAUUGAGGAAAGCAGUUUAACGGGCAAAUUUAAAAAUCUGUGGGAUUUAAAUAGACUUUUUAACUGUGAAAAAAAGGGCAGUGAUAUCAAUUGUGUAGCAGAAGUCAUUGAAAAGGAUGGCGAUUUGGUUCUGACCAGUUUGCACAGCGGACAAAUCCUACGAAAAUUAUACGAUGAGGAAAAAUUCCCAGUUGGGGAAAGAGUAAUAGAUUGGAAUGCCGCAAUUCCGCAAAAUGGUGUUUUAUACCGAUUGUUAUAUAAUAAUCUUACUGAAUUAAAAAAAUUGGCUAAACAAAAAGGUCUUAAAUUAUCGGAAGCAGAAACCGAAAAAGAUACUAAUCACACCCCUACUUUCGCCGAACAUACUAGCGAGGAGAAAAUUGAACUUGCUGCGGAAAGUGUCAAAGAAUUUGCGAAAUGGGCAAGAGAACUGUUAACCAUUACAAGAAUAACCGAAGCGGAACUGAAUGGUGGUAUUGAGGAUAAAAUGGAAGAAGAUUUUGAUAGUUUAGAUGGAAAAAGUAGAGAAAGAGAAGCCGCCGAUUUAAUUAAAGUAACUGAAUAUCUACUAAAUAAGAAAAGAAAUUACGUUUUAGAGUGUACAGAAAAAAAAGGAAAUUUAAUUCAGUUUAGAGUGAUUGAGUCAACUGAUAGAAACGAAGAAGAGAUAUUUGACAAAGCCGAAAGGAAAAUUAUUAAUAUUCUUAAUUCGGAGGGCGAUCCGACCGAAAUUGAAUUGAACGAUAUAAGUCCUGCCGACUGA